AUGGCUAUCGUCCCUGGAGACAAAGUGUUAGAGUGGUCAAAGUUCGUCGACCGUCAGAGUCGCCAGAAGUAUCUUGUCGUCAGUGUUGAAGACGACUGGUAUGCCGAUGGUGAGGAUCCUCAUCUUUAUCGCUUGAGAGGAGAAUGCAAUGGAGAAGAGGUGGUGGUCGAUGGCGAAGAUGAUCUCUGUCCGUUAACCGGAAACCUUAAAGUCCAACCGAUCCUUCGGGAUCGGCAGAAUAUCCGUUCAUUUGGCCAGCAUCUCAUUGAGCCCCUCAACCCUAUUACCAUACCGGCUGACUUCUACGUCGACCUUGACUUAUUCCCCGAUGGUUGGGUCGCGCCUGAGGAUGAGGCCCCAGCGGACGGUCCAGCUGAGGAGCCGCCAGCUGAGCCCGUUGGCGAGGCAGCGGCUGAACUGGAGCAUCAGCCGGUUGAUGAGGCAGCAAAUCCACUCGCUGCUGAGGCAGCAAACCUGCCAGCUGAUGGGUCAGCAGGUCAACUCGUCGAUGAGCCAGCACGUCAAGGUGCUGAUGAGCCAGCAGGUCAACUCGCUGAUGAUCCAGCACGUCAAGCCCCUGACGAGCCAGCAGGUCAGCGCGCAGAUGAGGUCGAGUCAAACGUUUUGGUUAUGCCCAAGCUCAUCACAGUUGUUGCCCUUGUCACCCUCCGUGGUGUGAUGAGUGUCGGACAGAAAGAGAAAGAUAGCCAGAAAACGAUAGGGAGGAAGCUCGAAGUUCCAUCCACUGAUCUACCGGAAUGUCUGAAGAGCCCUCGUCUUCAUCAUCGCAGGACGAAAUACACCACCGCCGACAGAGAAAUCGACAGUGCAAAGGGCCCCGAGUGGCUAUGGUAUCGGAUUUUUUCUACCCUGGACUCGGUCAGAUAUAUGACCAAUGGGUUGAAGGCGUACUACCUUCCAUACAAGACUUUCGUCGACCAGUGUACACCUCCGGCUUUCAUAACAUAUUUCGGUCUGAUGCGGCAGAUUCUAAUUCGAGAACGUAUCGAUAUAGUACACGGCCAUCAGGCUACCUCCGCGUUGUGUCAAGAGAUGUGCUUCCAUGCUCGAACGAUGGGCUAUAAGACAGUCUACACUGAUCACAGUCUGUUCGGUUUUGGCGAUGCGGCGUGCAUUGCGAUCAACAAGGUGCUGAAAGUGUUUUUGACAGACGUUCAUCAUUGCAUUUGCGUUUCGCACACGAACAAGGAGAAUCUGAUCCUGCGGGCAGCAAUUCGUCCUGAUGACGUCAGCGUCAUCCCUAAUGCUGUUGAUGCUUCUCGGUUUACACCCAACCCAUCACCGAGAAAUGAUUCCGCUCCUCAGGUUACAAUUGUUGUUGUAUCGCGACUCACUUUCCGUAAGGGAAUUGAUAUCCUCAUUGAUGUGAUGCCGGAGAUCAGCCGGCGGUUCCCCCAUGUGCACUGGAUCAUCGCGGGUGAUGGACCGAAACGAAUGGACAUCGAGCAAAUGUUGGAGCGGCACAAGCUACACGAUAGGACUGAGCUUCUAGGCAAGGUCCCCCAUUCUCAAGUUCGGGACGUCCUCCUUCGGGGGGAUAUAUUCCUCAACUGCAGUCUCACCGAAGCCUUCUGCAUAGCCAUCGUGGAGGCGGCCAGCUGUGGGCUCUGUGUUGUUUCUACUGAUGUUGGCGGUGUACCCGAAGUUUUGCCUCCCUCGAUGAUCCGGCUGUGCCCGCCGAAUGCGGAGAAGUUUGUAGAAGCUGUAUCAGAGACGAUUUCGGAGGAUGUGCCAUACCGCGACCGGUGGGAUCAGCAUCAAAAAGUUUCUGAAAUGUACAGUUGGAACGAUGUGGCUCGACGAACGGCUGAUGUGUAUAAGAAAGUGAUGGAUACUCCGGAUAUGACUUUAAAGCAGCGGAUCAGGCUUAUGCAUACCACUGGACCAGCUCUUGGAAAGGUAGCCAUUGGCCAGCUGCUCCCUAUGCGUGUGGAUUGA